AUGAAAGAGAUAAUUGAACGAAUAACAUUAGGGAAUGGAAAUGAUGAAGAUUAUCACUUACUCAAACAAAAUAUUAAAUCAGAUAUUAUUGGAUUUCAAAAAGAAGGAGGAUUUGAAAUGAUAAGAAAUAAAACUAAUGAUAUAAAGAUAAACAAUACUGAAAAAAUUCAAAUAAUUUCAUUAUUAGAAGAGUUGUGUAAAGGAUGUAAUAUUAUUCAAAAUUUAGAAAUAUAUAAAAGAAUAAUUCCAUUUAAAUGGUUAAAAGAAGAAGAAAAUGAAGAAAUAAUAAUGAGUAUAUUAAAUUGUGGGUAUUUAUUAUUACAAUUAGAAGACACAGUAAUUUAUUAUAAAGAAAAUGAAAUAUUAAAAGAUAUAUAUCAAAUUAGUAAUUAUAAAAAUGGGAAGUUAUUAUAUAAAGUUAUGGAAUAUUUAGAAUUAUAUUGUUCUAAAGAAACAGAAAUAUAUUUAGUUGAAAUAUUAGAUAAUAGAGGGGUAGAUGUUUUAAAGAGAACUUUAGACUAUUAUCUUUCAGAAUCAUCAGAUGAUUUAAAACAAAAAUUAAUAGAAAAGACAUGGUUUGUUAUUGAUCUAUUUACUUCAAUACAAAAUAUUGCAGAAGGAUUUAUUAAAUGUGGCAUAAUGCAAAAAGUAAUUCAGUGUUAUGAUUCAAUUAGUAAUCAAACAAUUCAAAAACAAAUUUAUUGGAAAUUAAUAUCGUUGUCUUCUAUUCUUCCUAAUGAAUUAAUUCUUGAAUUAUAUACUCCAAAAGAAAAUUGUAUACCAUUAACAACAGUUGAUGCAGAUGAUCCAGAAAUGAUUAAAUUAUACUUAACUACAAUAUUAAAAAUAUUUAUUGCUGGAGAUGAAAUUGAUCAACAAAAAAAUCCAUUUCUUCCUAUUUUCUAUCAUCACCAAUUUGUUUCUGUGUUAGAAAAAUAUAUUCCUUCUGAAGAUAAAGAAAUAUCAAAAUUUGCAUCUUAUUUAUUAACCUUAUAUUUUCUUGGAAAUGAUAAGAAUUUGGUUCAAUAA